GUCACCAUUAAAACGCAUUGCUCGCAGUUAGCGUAAAAAUCUACGUUUCAAUCACUCUAAAUAUUUUAAUAGAUAAUGUUAUCGCAAUUGCGUAAUUUAACAGUGAAACAUAAUUUUAUAAAUUCAAAAAAUAUGAGCCAAUCAUCAGAUUUUUUAUUCAGACAGUUUUUUGAUCCAGCAUCAUCAACUUAUACAUAUUUAUUAGCUGACGUCAAGGCCAAAGAGGCGAUAUUGAUCGAUCCAGUUAUAGAAUGGGCCGAACGAGAUUCAAAGAUUAUCAAUGAAUUGGGUCUCACGUUAAAAUAUGCUAUGAACACGCAUUUGCACGCGGACCACAUAACGGGCACUAGAAAAUUGAAAGAACUUCUCCCCAGCUGCAAGUCAAUUAUAUCGAGAGAUAGCAGCGCACAAGCAGACAUAUUACUAGAAUCUGGGGAUCAAGUGCAAUUCGGCAGGCACUGCUUAAAAGCUAAUUUAACGCCUGGACACACGAUCGGUUGCAUGACAUACAUUUGCGAAGAACAAGGAAUUGCGUUUACAGGGGAUACUCUGUUAAUACGAGGCUGUGGCAGAACAGAUUUUCAGGGUGGAUCUGCAGAGACACUGUACAAAUCGGUGCAUUCAGUGAUCUUCAAAUUACCGGAUUACUUUAAGCUCUAUCCGGCUCAUGAUUACCAGGGGCAAACGGUGACGACCGUCGCCGAAGAACGGCAGUUCAAUCCUAGACUAACCAAAUCCCUCGAGGAAUUCGUCGAGAUAAUGAACAAUUUAAAUCUGUCAUAUCCGAAAAUGAUUGAUAAAGCUGUACCAGCAAAUAAAGUUUGCGGACUAUAUCAAGUAAAAUAAGAAAAAUAAAACAUAAAAAUUUUUCAUUUUUUCAAUGUACAAUGAAAUUACGAAUAUGAUUGAACCGUAUCAUUAUAAAUGUUACCUUCAAUACAUAAUAUAAUCUUUAUAU